AUGAGUUCGACGCAAAUAACGGACCAGGGGGAACAAAGCGCCACCAAGACUACGGAAGCCCAGCCAUCAACUGCUUCGUAUACUGCAUUUGAAUGCCUUGGUGCUCCUUCUGGGCUCACGUUGACUCGUCAGGAAAUAAAUCGCCUUAUCCUUGAAUAUCUUGUGGUAGAGGGUUACAAAGAUGCUGCGGAAAAGUUUAGCAAGGAGAUCGGUAUUUCUCAACCCUUGUCGGAGAUCCACUCUACUGGUGCAAGCCUUGCCGAGAGAAUGGAAAUUCGUGAGGCUGUCCUCAGCCGACGCAUCGAGGAAACUAUUGACAAAGUCAACCAACUUUGGCCAGAAUUGUUUGAAAAGAACCCCUACAUUUACUUUCAGCUGCGGCAGCUUCAAAUGCUAGAAUUGAUUCGUGGCCACCGGUUGGAAGAGGCGUUAACAUUCGCGCAGUCCCACCUAGCCGGUCCACUAAGUCAUCGUCUUUCAGAAUACCCUCAACUGUUGCACGAGAUGGAAAACACGAUGGCCCUUUUGGCCUUUGAGGAGCCGGGAGACAGUAUCUACGGUUCAUUAUUGGGUGCACGUCACGCCGAGUUGAUAGCUGGGGCAUUGAACCGCGCCAUCCUCUGGCAUAUCGAGAAUAGCGCUGGCGAGACUGACUCCACUCUCCUCGAGGCUACCAGUGGUGCGGCUCAUGGAGGUGGCGGUGGUAGCGGCGGACUGACAGGUCUACCCAAGGCUGCAGGUUCCGCCUCUUCGGCCACCGUGCCUCGUCUAACUAAACUGAUGGCCUUACUGCUUCAUUUUCGCGACAUCACUGAGCUGAAUCUCCCCUCCGAACUCGCCUCUUUGUAA